GUUCCAGCAUGGGCUGUUCCUCCCGCAGCCACUGCUGCCUCUCCCUGUGUGUGGAACGCGUGUGGGCCCCGAAAGGCACCGCUGGGAGCCCUGGACAGCAGCUCCUCGGGCAGCUCCGACAGCGACGACGACGACGAUGACAAGGGCAAGGCUGGCACGGAACCCACGGCCACGGGCACGGGCACGGCCACGGAACCCACGGGCACAGCCACGGGCACGGAACCCACGGGCACAGCCACGGGCACAGCCACGGGCACGGCCACGGGCACAGCCACGGGCACGGCCACGGGCACAGCCACGGGCACAGCCACAGCCACGGCCACGGGCACGGCGCGGGAGGCCAGCAAGGACAGGGCAGCUCCCACCAGCGACUCCGUGGGGUCCCUUCCCGCGGCCGAAUCGGCGACGUCCGGAGCCCCCCGAGCCCCGAGCAGCACGGCCACGCACACAGAUGGACACCAGAGAGCGGCCACUGCUGUCACAACUGCCACAGACACGGCCACGAGAGACAGGAACGACGAGGCCUUGCCCUGCACUGAAGCCACGUUGAACGGCCCCGCUUGAUGCCGCCGCCACCUCCCCGGGACGUGUGUGAGCCAGGCCAGGCUGCUCCCUGGUGAUGCAAUUUUGUCAAUUCUUUAUUAUUAUUUUUUUUUUUUUUCAUUUUAAUUUUAUUUUUUAAUAAAUGCUGCAUUGAUGAGAGCGA